AAAGCAAGGAUGGUCACCGCCGAUCCACCUCCCAGGGGCUAUCUCGAAUUCAAGUGGCAUUCCGUCGAAAGCAAUCAGAAAUCUUCAAUAGCUCGAAGUCAGCUGUCUUUAGUCCAAUGGAUGCUAAUAACGUACAACAACGUCGCCAGAUCAAAGUGUGCAUUGCCACAUGCAACAGGGCGGACUACUCUAAGCUGGAGCCGGUUAUGGCAGGAAUACAGGCUGAUCCCGACAUGGAACUAAGUGUCAUCGUGCUGGGCUCACAUCUCAUAGAUGAUUACGGAUCUACUCAUCGUUUCAUUUCUGCUGAUGGCUUCAGUAUUACUCAAAAGCUUCAUACAAUUGUAAGAGGAGAAGAUGAAGCUGCAAUGGUGGAAUCUGUUGGUCUGUCACUGGUCAAGCUGCCUGAUGUCCUGUAUCGUCUUGAUCCAGAUCUUCUUGUUGUUCAUGGGGACAGAUUUGAUGCUUUGGCUUUGGCAACAUCUGCUGCACUGAUGAACUAUCGAAUUCUGCAUCUGGAAGGAGGAGAAGUGAGUGGUACUAUUGAUGACUCGAUUCGCCAUGCAAUCACCAAACUUUCUCAUUACCAUGCAUGUUGUACUGAACGUGCACGUCAGCGUCUAAUUGCUAUGUGCGAGUCUCCAUCUCGUGUUCUGCUCUCUGGUUGUCCAUCUUAUGAUAAGCUCCUUCGUGCAGACACAUCAUCACUGGAACGUGUCUGCCAUCGGUACCAGGUGGAUCCUAAUGAUUUUUUAAUUGUCAUUCAGCAUCCUGUCACCACAAAUCAGGUUGAAUCUCAAAAGAUGUUUUCAGUAAUGGUAGAUGCUGUCAUUGAAUUCAAUCAUUCUACACUUUUUCUGUUUCCAAAUGUUGAUGCUGGAAGCAAAGACUUGACCAGAAUUAUGCGUCGUCGUGGUCUUGAGUCUCAUGGACAGCAUCCCAAUAUUUCAACAAUCAAGCAUAUACCAUUCGAUGAGUUUAUGAUUCUUCUCUCCAAGUGCAAAUGUAUUGUAGGAAAUAGCAGUGCUGGUGUUAGGGAAGCUGGUGCAUUUGGUACUCCAGUUGUCAAUGUUGGGUCUCGUCAAACAGGUCGUGAGACAGGAGAAAAUGUAGUCCAUGUUCGUGAUGCUGACUCCAAGGAAAAGGUUUUAAGAGCUCUUCAGUUGCAGUAUGGUAAACGAUAUCCUCCGUCUCAUAUUUAUGGUGAUGGUCGUUGUAUCCCACGUAUUCUCCAAUUCAUUAAAGAGAUUCCAUUCAAAUCUGGUAUUCAAAAAGGCUUCAAUUUUCCAGCCAUGCCAGCCAGUUCUAGUCAAGAUAUUGAUCAUAUCCUUGAAAUACAGAGCGCUUUGGCCAUUGACAUGGGGGGCACAAACCUUCGUGUUGCUAUUGUGGAUCUUAGAGGGCAAAUUGUUUAUUACACAAAAGUUCCCAACCCACCUGUUUUUGAAGAGAGGAUCGAUGUACUGGCAGCACUGAUUUCUGAUGCUAAGAAAAAAGCUGUUGAACAUGACUGUCGUCUGCUGGGAAUUGGUAUUAGUACUGGAGGCAGAGUUGAUCCAAAGGAGGGAGCUUUACUGGAUGCCACAUCUCUUAUCCAUGACUGGUCGUAUGUGAAUUUACGUGCAUUGCUUUCAAGCAAAGUAGAGUUGCCUGUGUGGGUUGACAAUGAUGGCAACUGUGCUGCUCAGGGAGAAAGACGCUUUGGAAAAGGUCAAGGAGUGAAAGACUGCAUUACGGUCAUUGCAGGCACAGGUAUUGGAGGUGGUAUCAUUCUUAAUGGUGAGGUCCAAUAUGGCUCUACAUUUUGUGCUGCAGAGUUAGGCCAUGUCGUUGUCAGCAUGGAUGGUCCUCUUUGUUCCUGUGGACAGCAUGGCUGUGUUGAAGCAUAUGCUGGUGGGGCAACGUUAGAUCGAGAAGCUAAGUCUCUUCAUGAAGCAGGAGAGCUGAAUGAUUUCCUAGAAGCAGACAGAGAAGUUUCUGGAGUUCAUCUUACAGCUGCUGCCAAACUUGGAAAUGUUAAUGCUGAAAAAAUUGUGCGACGUGCUGGCACUGCUUUAGGAACAGCUAUCACUAGCAUGCUUCAUGUGGUCAACCCUAGUCAUGUUAUUUUGUGUGGCCAUCUUGCCCCUGUUUAUUACAAUUAUGUGAAAGCUGUCAUUCAGCAACGAGCACUACCAUCAGCUCGAAAGGUAGAAAUUGUGGUGUCAGAAAUCAGUGAUCCAGCACUGCUGGGAGCAGCAAGUUUAGUGCUGGACUACAGCAUUCGACGUAUUUAUGGUAACAGUCACUAAAAGGAGAGCAUAGAGGAACUUUGCUCAUCUGUUGACGAAUUAAUAAAUGACAUUAAUGUGAAGUUUGUGUUCUGUGUGUCAGUAUGUUUUGGAAAGCGUAGAUUUGUGUCUUGUAAACGUCAGUGUAAGCUUGCAAUUGUACUGCAUUUGACAGACAAAUGUUUAAUUUGUGAAAGCAAGCUGCUACAAUGACUAUUAUUUAUUUGAUAUUUGACAUGUUUGAUUAAUUAACUAUUGGUUUUUAGUCGUUUUACUGAA